AGGCACAAAUCAUGUAUACUCUCGCCGAGAAAAAGUACGAAAAUAAACAUCCACAAUGGUUAAGAAUGAAAGGAAUGUCACGUUAUCUGUGGCACGUGAUAUUUCCAAAUUGUACUUGAAUACAUUCGUGCACAGUUUGAUUGAUUAUUUUUGCAAAGUGAGAUACUUUUGAACCUACCAGUUAGUCUUUGUUUACAAGUUAAUUCAUUUGUGUCUCCAGGUAACAGUCUACUUAAAUGUUACAUUGAAGAUCAUUCUUGUGGAACGUAUCGACGCAGUAUGUGUUGAUAGACAACAUGGCAGGUAAUGAUGAGUUAUAGUGUUUUAAAUUCCACAGAAUAACAUCUAAUCGUUGGCGAUUAACCGUUAUAAUUUACUAGAUUGUCAUCGAUAUCGCGGUCAUUUUUGUUUUGGAAACUAUCAGGAAAGAAGUAUCAUUUUAUACACCACAUAACAGUUGGUAUCUAUGGAAUGUAUAUAGAUAUACCAGGUUUCAACAUUAUUUUUGAGCAUUCAUGUUCGUCCUGUCCGUGGCUGUGCACAGUUUCGGCUGAGAUAUGCAGCGAUGAAGCGAGCGCUUCAGCAGAAGUUGAAACAUUCACACACGCAGAUAUCAAGGAAAAGAAAAUUGAAGAAGUGAAUGCUAAUCUGCACUGCAGUGUAUGCAAAGCAAAUUUAAAUGAACCCGUGACACUUCAAUGCUUGCAUUCUAUCUGCAGAAAAUGUCUUACCCAAGUACUUGGUUCGAAUGUAACGGCUGAUACCGUAUUAGAUGUUAACGUAACCCCAUUGAUAUGUCAGGAUUGUGGUUAUUCAACGUCCUUGGAAUAUAAUCGGAAGAAAACAGAAGUUGUGGAAAAUAUAGCACAAUACCUAACACCUCCCCAAGUUAUCCUAACCCUCCUCGACUGUUACGAAGAGAAGCAACAGAUAGUAUGCAUAUCAUGCAAGAAUCAAGGAAAGACAAUCACACCAACAUUUUGGUGUUUUGAUUGCAUUGUUUACCUUUGUGAAGAAUGUGUUUUAUUCCAUUCAUCUCUGCCAGUUUUGAAAAAGCACAAAAUUUAUCGAAGAGAUGAAAUGACAGGAGUUCCUUUCUUGUUUUCUAAGGCAAGAGAAAUAUGUGACAAACAUGGCUUACGCCUGAAAAGAUUAUGUGAGGAAAACCAAUCCACGUGUUGUGAUACUUGUAUCGCGACAGAGCAUACGAACGCUUGCAGCUCUCAACACGAAAUUAUGUCAGAUGUUUCACAUUUGGUAGACCCCAAACUUUCUGCUCUGAAAACCUCAGUCAGAGCAGUAAUCCAUGAAUUAAACUUGCAAAUUGAAGAAACAUGCCAAAUUGAAUCCAAUACUGGGGAAAUAUAUCUUGGAUAUACUACAUUGAUUAAUGAAUCAUACAGUAAUGCGAGAAAAAACAUUCUUGAGAAAAUGGAUUUAUUACUUGCAGAAUUAUACAAGGCUGUAGAUUCGAAUCUGGAAGACAUGAAGUUAAAAACAAAUGCAUUGCAACAGAGGAAAUCUGUUUUACAAAAUGCUUUGACAAUAGUGUCCAUUUCUUGUUCCGGAUCAGAAAUACGUUCAUUCCUUGAGAAAAAGAAAGUGAGGAAGACUAUUUCUGAGGUGCAAGAAGCUACCAGAAAUCUAAAGCAGGUCCCAAUCCAAGAUUUUUCUCCCGUUUUCAAAGUUUCUCUACAAAACAUGUGCACUUUGAAAGAAUUUGGGCAUGUCAGAAAAUCACAACCUGCUAUGAAAGUGAGGUCAUUUCCGUUUGGGAGUUAUAUGUUUUCAUUGUUUACAACGAUAGACGUGGAGACGGGAUAUUCUCAUGUAACAGGAUGUGAUUGGUUAUCUGAGAACGAACUGAUAAUUGUUGAUGGUAGCAGAAAUCCGGAGGUUCGAAUAUAUAGCAUGAAAGAUGGCAGUUUAAGCAGAAAAGCUUCGCUUGAAAAUAAACCAUUUGAUAUAGCUGUUGUCAGUCGUCAAAAAUGUGUCAUUACUUUUCCAAAAGAAAAGAAAAUAAUGGCUUACAAUCCUUUAGAUUUGUCCAAGAUAGAGAAUAUCGAUGUAUCUUUCUCUUGCUUUGGAAUAUAUCAUUUGAAUUUCGGAAUGACCAUUGCUGUAGGCGGAAAGAAUAUGGUGCUUUACAACAGGGAGUUUGAAGUGAGCAAGCUCCUAGAUGUUCCAGGAGAAAAUAUAAGAUAUGUUUGCCCCCAUUCUAACAAUCUUGUAUUUUACAGCGAACUACAAGCUAAUAAUGUUCACAGCGUGGUCGGUAAUGGCGACGAACGUUUCAAAUACCACAACAGUGAUAUGAAAGGUGCAGCGGGGCUACUUCUUGAUGAAAAUAAAAACAUAUACGUUUGUGAGAAGGGUUCAAAAUAUAUCCAUGUCUUAAAUAAGAAGGGCAUAUUCAUUGAUAAAUUUGAUGUUGGAGACACCCCAUCAACAUUAUCAAUUUCCCCAAAUAAAAGUAGAAUAUGCAUAAUUAGAGCGGGGCACAAGACAAAAAAUGUGGCAGAUAUUUACAUUGCAACUUAGACUCCAUAUCUAUUUCUUGAUGGAUUUUCACUCCAAUCAAGCGCUAUCAUUUUAUAACUUGAGCCCUUCACUGGUGAUUAUAUGAUACAUCUGUAUAACUGUAUAAUAAAAGCUUUAAUGCCACCAC